AUGAACUACAGGCAGCAUAUUCAAAUGGACCCCCUUCCUGUCUCCAUGGUGCUAAAGAAGAGGUGUGCCUUUCAAAGUUCUAGAGUUCCACAAUUUUCAUCACGGAAUAGCUGCAAGUUCAGUAUGCUGUAUGUCAAAGAUCCUAAAGUAAUUCCUUUCCCUAAGGAAAGUUCCACGAAGUGUGCUUGCUUUGGGACUUUAAUAAACAAUGAUGGUGUGACAGCUACUGAAUGGGUUCCUAUUGUUGAUCAAGUUCUUUUGAUGACCAGUAUAUUUCUUACUUAUACAGCUGGAGUAAUACCUGCUAAAAAGUUACUGUUAAGAUCCCGAAACGACAAAUUGAAUGACCUUGCACCUUCUGGAGAGCCUUCGUUUUCUGGUAGCAGAAUUGAGAAAGAUGAAGAAGUAAAUCUCAAACUUGCUUGGGAUACAGUGGAAGAGAAACUUGCAAACGCUCUUAAUACAAUUGAACAUGACAGUGAAUUGGAAAGCAGAUCUGUUAAGUUCAAGCAAGACCAUGGAAAGAGACAGUUAAGCUUGUAUGCUGUUGCUGAAGGUCCUAGGUUUCGGUUGCUGUGGAGUUCUUUCCAAUGGCUGAGGAAAGAGGCAGGCACAGUGGUUGACAUCUCAGAAAGACCUGCAAUUAUUAACAUGAAUGAUUGGUCAAAAGUUUUCUCUGAAGUUAUACAGAAGUCAUAUCAGCCUCUAUGCAUGAGUUGGCUAGAAAAGGAGCUUUGCUUGAAAAGCAGCAAACCCAAUAAGGUACUUCUUUCUUUAAUGGUUGAGAAGUUGGUACGAGAUGACACUAUUUUAAGGAACAUCAGAAAUUCAGGCAAGGAGGAUCUUUAUGCUGAACUAACGCAUUUUCUUGUGUUUGGUUCCCUCAGUCUUGAAGUAGAGUUUACUUAG